CCGUGAACCGGGGUCGUAUUUUCUCUUCACCUCCUCCUCCUCUUCUAAUCUCCCUCACGGUCUCGCCCAUUCCCCCCUCCCUCUCUUUCCACAAACCUCAACCCCCAGAUCGCAAAAUCGCAAAAUGGAACCCCUAACUACACCCCCCAACACCACAAUCUUCACCCCGCUGGCUGAGCAUCAAUCGCGCACUCCAAGCUCCUUCCACACGGGCCCCCCAAUCCUCCACUACCACCGCGACAACUGCAAACUCGUUUUGCUCGAGCGCGACCUCCUCGCCCACCCGACCCUGCGCGCCCUGCACCCAUCCCUCGAACCAACCCCCACCACAAACGGCAAUGACAAUGACAAUGCCAACCACAAUGCCUCUCCUACAGCCCUAACCACCGAAGCAGAAGUAGAAGCCAAAGAACUAGCCCUCGACGGCAUCAGCGUCUGGGUUACUUCCGACAAAUUCCUCCUCUACUCCCCCUCUAAGAACGCCGGGCUGGCCAUCCCAUACCCCUCGAUCUCUCUGCACGCUAUUCAACGGCUGCGGCUUCCUGACUCCACAGCCGCGCAGGCCCAGGAACAACAAGAACAACAACAAGAGGAGCACCAAGGUCUCUACAUGCAAAUCGCCGCCCCACCUAGUGGAGGAUUCUCGGAUGAUGAGGAAGAGUGUACGAUUAUGACGCUUGUGCCGUUGGGUGGCGUGCAACAGUCACAGGCAGAAAAGGUGGAGGGUGAGGCGGAUACGGAGAUGGAGAUGGAGACGGAGACGACAGAGGAAACCCAGACCCCGACGCAGGCGCUCUACGCUGCUGUGUCUGCGUGCUCGAAUCUGCAUCCGGAUCCGGUGGAGCCCGGGGAUGAGGAGGAUGAUGAUGAUGAUGAGUAUGAUGAGGGAGAGGAGGGCGGCGACAGUGCCCUGCUGCAGGCGGGGUUGAUUGCCAUGGGCAAUGGGGAGGGCGGCUUGCCUCCGCCGAUGGAUGGGAGUUCCGGGUGGAUCACGGCGGAGAAUAUGCAUGAGUUCUUCGAUGAAGAGGGGAAUUGGAUCGGUGGCGGCCAGGAGCCGAGUUUGCCCUUGGGGCCCGGCGCUGGGACGGUGAGGCAGAGGGAGGAUGGCGAAGAUGGACAACAGGAUGGUGAUGUCGAUGGAGAGGGAGAAAGUGAAGAGACCAAGUGGAGAAGAACAGACUGAAAUGGUCGACGCCUCACUUUCCUAUAGACUAGAGAUCACG